AGGCGCGCCGUGCGCCCUGUUGUGAAGCGCCCUGUCGUGAAGCUCUCUCUCUCUCGCUCUCGCGACUGUGGUUGGCCGUUGGUGCUGUAAGCUGUGGCUCUCUCUCUGGUUGGCCGUGGUUUGUGGUUGGCCGUUCGGAGUUCUUCAUCAACGACGCCUGAACGCCGGUCGAAGAUGGCAGACACAGCCUCAGUAACAUUUCGGAGGUUCGGUCUCCGGUCCGGUCUCGCUUUGCUACCUGUUUCUUGAGAUUGUCUAUCCCUGUUUGGCGAUGGCGAACCCCACCGGGCUUUUGUUUCUCGCAUUGAUCACCACGUCAGCACUUAGCUGGACGACCACGACCGUGGAUGCGGAGCCCAUAAAGCUGAGCAAUGCCGACUUCAACGAGCAUGUGAAGGAGGAUGGCAAAAUUUGGUUCAUUAAGUUCUUCGCCCCAUGGUGUGGGCAUUGUAAGAGAUUGGUGCCGGCCUGGGAGGAGCUGGCUGAGACCAUGGCGGGAGAUGACACGUGGCGGAUUGCCCAUGUCGACUGUACGACGAGCACGGAAGUCUGCACCAAGCACGAGAUUAGGGGAUACCCCACACUCAAGGUUUUCCAUAACGGGAAAGAGUUCAGGCGAUACACCGGCGCUCGCGAUGUCGAGUCUCUGAAGACCUUCAUCAACACUGUCACACAUGAUUUGUGGCAGGCUGAGGGUGAAGCUGCUGCCCAUGAUGAGGCCUAGACAAGAGAGAGAGAGAGAGAGAGAGAGAGAGAGAGAGAGAGAGAGAGAGAGAGAGAGAGAGGGUCCGUUUGGCAUAAAUUUAUCUGCGGAUCUACUGUCUUUUACAGUUGCAUGGAUUCUAUUAAGUGUGUGCGUACGGAGUGGAUAAGGAUGGGAGGAAGAGGAUUUUUGACUGUUGUGUGGAUUUGCUUCUAGUGUAAUUUGAUCUGUUGUGUGAUGUCGAGUGUGGGGGGGAGAAAGCAGCUGAAAGCUCACGGCCAUCAUUUGCCCCUGUUGUUGAACCUGCUGAACCUGCACUCGGCUGGACAUGGUAGAGCUGGAAGUAGGGGUUGUAGAAGGGUGGAAUGGUUGGCAACGCCUGCACAAAGCGGCGACAUGUUUUACAAUGAUCCGUCGGCUGUUGACGUUGUUUCUCUUUUUUUGCUAAUGGUUAUUCACGGCGUACCCUGCUCAUAUAGUUGUCUAUCUUUUCAAGGCACGCUAACAGCACUACUACUCACAGUAUCAAAGUCAUCUGCGAGCACUUGAUAAGCCCAUCAAGUUUUCUACCCUUGAAUUAGGUAAAAGUGUACUCUUGAGUUAGAUAAGCGGAUACUGUCGAGUUCGGUCAGCGCAUACUCUUGAGAUAUAUAAGCCUUUACUACUGGCUUAUAUAAGCCAUCAGUCUUGAGGUCCGUGAGCGCGUACUGAGUUAUGUGAGCAUGUGCUCUUGGGUUAUAUGAUGUGCGUACUUGCUUGAGUUAUGUGAGUGCGUACUCUUGAGUUAUGUGAGUGCGUACUCUUGAGUUAUGUGAGUGCGUACUCUUGAGUUAUGUGAGUGCGUAGUCUUGAGUUAUGUGAGCGCGUACUCUUGGGUUAUGUGAGCGCGUACUCUUCAGUAUUGCGGGCGCGUACUCUUCAGUAUUGCAGGCGCGUACUCUUCAGUAUUGUGGGCGCGUACUCUUCAGUUAUGUGAGCACUUAGGUGAGUGCAUACUCUGAGUUAAGGGAGCGUGUAAUCUUGAGUUAGGUGAGCGCGUACGCUCGAGUUAGGGGAGUGCAUACUCUUGAGUUAGCAAGGCGCAGACUCUUGAGCUAGAUAAGCGCAUACAGUUAGGUGAGCGCAUACUCGUGAGUUAGGUGAGGCAGACGAGCACAUAUUCUCGAUCUUGAUAAUUGUAUACUCUUGAGUUAGAUAAGCGCAUUCUCUGAGUUAGUUGAUCCCGCCAUCAAAUCAUCGGGGUUUUAUCAUGAGCAUGCGGUUACCUAAUAUGGGUGUGUGCUUAACUAAUAUGAGUGUGUGCUUACUUGGUUCGCCAUGCGCUUACUUAAUGU